GAGACGCUUGGUAAGUGAGUGGGUUGAAUACAAAUCACGAACACCUGUUUCUCAUUCCAGUGAUUGGCGCGGAGACAGGAUAAAAUGCCGUGAGAAGCAGGAGUGUGUGAGAGAGAGGGGUACUGCUGACUGAGCCGUGUUGAGUUACCUGGAGUGAAGCCCUUUGUGGAUGGUGUAUACCGAACCUGGAGUGAAGCCCUUUGUGGAUGGUGUAUACCGAACCUGGGGUGAAGCCCUUUGUGGAUUGUUUAUUUUCGUUGUUGUGCGCUGCACAGUCUUUCUGUUGAACCUUUUUGAAAGUCAAUAAAGUCUCAGUCAGCAGUUGUUCGUCGACCCUGUCCUCUUCCUUCCCCCACUACGAACUUAACUGUGCUACACUGGUGCCGAAACCCGGGAAGGAAGACGGGAGCACAUCGCCAUGCAAGCAUCGUCCUCCACCCCAUUUGCGGACAUCAUCGCGUCCCUCGCGGUCCUGCACUGCGAACAACAACAGGCCCUGCUGGAGUUACGAAGCGAUCAGGAGCGGUGUUUCCAAGCCAUCUUACAGACCCAGCAGGAGGACCGCGAGGCGUUCCGGAGCUGGAUUGACCGGGAGGUUCCCCUGGAGCCCACCGAGCAGCCAGCUGUGCCUGUCCACCUGCCCCUAAACAAGAUGGGUCCGCUGGACGACCCCGAAGUUUUCCUUGAGCUCUUCGAAAGAUCCGCCGAAGCGUGUAAAUGGCCGCGGGACCAGUGGUCUAUGAGGCUGGUCCCGCUCCUCUCAGGAGAAGCGCAGGUGGCGGCACAGCAGCUCCCAGUCCAGAACCUCCUGGUCUAUGACGACCUACGGCGGGCCAUCAUCCAGCGGGUCGGUCGGACCCCGGAGCAGCAUCGACAGCGCUUCCGCUCCCUCGACCUGGGUGAGUCCGGCCGGCCCUUUAUGAUGGCCCAACAGCUCCGGGACUCGUGCCGCAAAUGGUUGCUGGCUGAGGGAAGCGACUUGGACCUGGUCAUCGAUCGAGUGGUGCUGGAGCAGUUCAUCACUCGGCUCCCAAAAAAAAAUGCUGAGUGGGUCCAGUGCCACCGCCCCACGUCGCUGGACUCAGCAAUCCAAUUGGCGGAGGACCACAUGGUGGUGUGCCACGGGGUCGGCGAGCCCCUUCCAGCUGCCUCUCUCUCUCCCUCUCUUUUGUCCCCCUCUCUCUCUAGACCUGUCCCUCUUCCUAGGUCUCGUCCGCCCGGCCCGCCUCGUGUUCCGUCCCGAGGGCGGGGCGGAACGGGACAGGCACCUUCCUGCGGACCCAGGGGGGCGGGACUCCCUGCUGCCGGGACGGACCCCACUCCUGCUUCUCUCCUUUCUCCGCGCCAACCGUUCAGCCCACUCUCUGCCACUGGAGCGGCGGGCAGGUCUGGGCCGGCCUGUUGGCGGUGUGGGGAUCCGGAUCAUUUCGUGGAUAAAUGUCCGGUUAUGGAGGUCAGGACAAUGAUCCGGGUCCCCGACGAUCCACAGGCCGCCCCUGGUCAAGCUGGCGGGUACCAAAUACCUUGAUUGGCGCGGAGACAGGAUAAAACGCCGUGAGAAGCAGGAGUGUGUGAGAGAGAGGGGUACUGCUGACUGAGCCGUGUUGAGUUACCUGGAGUGAAGCCCUUUGUGGAUGGUGUAUACCGAACCUGGAGUGAAGCCCUUUGUGGAUGGUGUAUACCGAACCUGGGUUGAAGCCCUUUGUUGAUUGUUUAUUUUCGUUGUUGUGCGCUGCACAGUCUUUCUGUUGAACCUUUUUGAAAGUCAAUAAAGUCUCAGUCAGCAGUUGUUCGUCGACCCUGUCCUCUUCCUUCCCCCACUACGAACUUAACUGUGCUACACCU